AAUAAUGAAUAAUGAAUGAAUGAUACCUCCCAUUCAAACCAACAAAACCUUUACCUCUUCCACUCAGCCAUGGCUUCUCCUAGCUCAACCAAAGUGGUUCACGAUUUCUUCCCCCUUUUCCGCGUCUACGAGGAUGGCCGCGUCGAAAGAGCACUCGAACAAGUCUUCACGCCUCCAUCUGACAACCCAGCAACCGGCGUUAGAUCCAGAGACGUCGUAAUCGUACCGGAACACAACGUAAGGGCUCGCCUUUACCUCCCCAAAAUCACCGGCGAGGACCAAAAACUACCCGUUCUCGUCUACAUCCACGGCGGCGCGUUCGUGCUCAACUCCGCCUCCUCCUCCAUGUACGACAGCUAUCUCCACGCAUUGACGGCCAAAGCCAAGGUCCUCACCGUUUCAGUCGAUUACAGGUUAGCUCCGGAGCAUAAGCUCCCCGCCUGCUACGACGAUUCCUGGGCGGUUUUUCAGUGGGUCGCGUCACACGCUCAGGGAAGUGGACCCGGAUCCGAUCCGUGGCUUAAAAGUCACGCGGAUCUUACCCGGGUUUUCCUGGCGGGCGAUAGCGCAGGGGGCAAUAUUGCUCACAACAUGAUGGUCAGAGCAGGUGGGAGUGGGUUGAAGCCGGCGGGAAUGGUUCUGGAGCACCCGUAUUUUGGAACCGGGAAACCCAGCAAGCUGUGGUGCUUGGACUGGGAGAAGGUGUGGGAGUACAUUUACCCGGAAUCAACGGGUAUGGAUGACCCGCUGCAUAACCCGGCGGCUUCUCCGGAAAUUCUUUCCGGGCUGGUGUGCUCGAAAAUCGUGGUGAUUAUUUCGGAGAAGGAUAUCGUCAGAGAAGGGGGGUUGAAAUAUUACGAGGCGCUGAAGAAGAGCGGGUGGGGAGGCAAAUUGGAGCUCGUGGACGUGGAAGGCGAGGAACACGUUUUCCAUUUACUGAAUCCGACUUGUGAGAAAGCGGGUUCACUGAUGGACCGGGCCGUUUCAUUCUUCAAUAGCCUUUGAAUCCCCUUCUAAUGCUCUGUGAAUUACGAUUAGUAAUCUUUAAGCUUUCCCAUUAAGUGUGCCGUUCCUGCUUUCUUGGGAUUUUGGGAUUUUCAUGGUGUAUAAAAAAUUUAUAAUGUACUUAUGUGCCAAAUAGUUUGUGUAAGAGUUGGGAAAUGGAAAUAAUGAGACCGUUGAAACUUUGAAGUUGACUAGUUGACGACUGAGGAGUAAGUUUAAUACCUAUAGUCUCCUUUUUUUGUUUUGAUUCAUAUUGAUUCUUACUAAAUUUGAUAAUGUUUAUGUGAUUGUAUAUCAUUUUAAUUUUAACUUCUCUUUAUCAAUUUAUAUUUAUCACAUGAACACGCUUCUUUU